AUGGAGACACAGAAAAUUCCUCUGUAUAGAUGUGGAAGCAACAAGGUCAGGGACCCUUCAAAACUCCUCUCAGAUCAGAAAAUGAACAGAAUAUCUGAGCUGGUGUUGGGAGCGCUCGCCGAAGCAGGGCACCGACGGAUCGAGAUCUCCGACGAUCUAGAAGACGUCGAAGACAACGAAGAAGACGAAUCAUGGAAAGAAUGGGGGAAGAAAGCACAGACCCCGGAAUUCGAUCCACCGCCUGAUUUCUCUAACAUGGGAUUCGAUCAGAUCCAAGCGGAAAUGGCUAAACGUACUUUUGGACCAGUCGUCGGAUUCGUAAAGCUCCGGUUAGGCGUCCAACGUACCAAGGAUAUGGUGUUGGAAAUUGCUAUGAAAUGGACAAAAGUUUUGAAAACAGGAGGGAUUGGAGUUAGAUUCAUGGCCGUAGAUCGAAGCACUGUGAUGUUCAAUAUGCAACAUGGAAAGGACGUGACUGAGCUAAGGGAGUUUGUGCUUAGUCAAGAAGAGGCUUAUGAGGUUAAGAUAGGGAAACAAGAGUUUCGAAGACCUGGAGAUCCUCCACUUGAAAAUGUUGUUGACAAACUUCAAGCUGAGCAAAGCAAAGAUGAUAAAGAUGAUGAUGGUAACAAGAAUGAUCUUACCAAGGAUGAGUUAUAG